CUCACACAGCCGUCUUGUUUCCCGGCUUCUUCUAACCCUCUCGCUCCCAGAAUCGUAAAGACCGUCAGGGACCGUGGACGAAUCCAAGUCCCAGCACCCACUCCAAGUGCCUCGACAAAAGCGUCAAUCAAAUUCCAUCAAAUAACCCGGGCGCAGGACCCCACGAGUCAGAGCGACCAACGCAGCAAAUCAAUACUGGUGUUUAGCUGCCCCCAAUAAAAACCCGGAAGGAAAGAUAAAAACUAGAACCAGGAAGAGAAGAGCAAGGGUGGAGAACGGAAAGAAGCGAUGGAAGUGAAUCCUCUCCUUAGCGAUCUCCUCUGAGGUUUUCCCGGGGAUAUCCUAAGGCUGGUGAUUUGCGAUUUAGUAUUCCAUUGAUUGAUUCAGUCGAGAAGCUUGAGGUGUGGAAGUCCCUCGAAAAGAUGCUCGCCAAAUGCUUAGCAGUUGUUCGUCGACAUGAUCUUUUUUGGUCUUUACCUCUGUUUAGCACUCGGUUAGCAUAACGACUUCUGGAAGUAUCACGGCUGGAAAAAUAAAAACCGUAAAGGACUUUCCUGUCGCUCCACCAAUGUCAUCACUAUUUCUCUAAGUCAGCUGAAUUAUUUUAAUCUUCGUCUUCCUGAGUCAUGGAUAGAAGAAGGAGAGAGAAGAAGAAGAGGAAGAAAGAGAAGGAGGAGAAGAAGGUACCUGAAUAAUUUCACUUCCUUUAUUGCUGAAAGCAAAUGCAGAUAUGGAUGACGGUCGACAUCGGGAAAAUGGAAGACCCAAGCCAGAUCAAUUCAAAUCGGUUCAUGCUCAGUGGAUGAUGCCACAACAUCAGAUGAAGGACCAUCAAACUAUGAAGCUCAUGGCCAUCAUGGCUGAGCGGGACAGUGCCAUCCACGAUCGCAACCUAGCCAUCUCUGAGAAAAAAGCUGCUUUGGCUGAGCGAGAUAUGGCAAUCCUUCAACGUGAUGCUGCAAUUGUCGAGCGAAAUAAUGCCUUUCUGGAACGUGACAAUGCAAUUGCUGCUCUUCAGUAUGCCCGAGAGACUGGCAUGAAUGGUAAUGGUGGAAAUGGAUGUUCUCCUGGCUGCACCGCUCCGACAAAACAUCAUGACCACCUUCCACAUGUUCAUCCCCCCCCUUCACAAUUAUCAGAUGCUCCGUAUGACCAUGAAAGACAGGUGGACAUUGCUGAGGCAUAUCCAAUUUCAACAGCAGUGGAGAGUGCAAAAGGCUGCAAGGCUAAAAGAAUGAGGAAGGAGAAUGGAGUCCAAGCAAUUCCAAUCAAGAAGUCAAAAUCACCAAAGAAGAACAAGAGGAGUGGUAAUGACGACCUAAACAAGCAGGUUAGCAUUGCAAAGUUCCAUGGUGAGUGGAAGGGUCAGGAACAAGUUAGUGGUGGGGGAGAUGCGAACAAGAUCCCUGUGACAAAGCACCAUUGGAAGGGUCAAGACUUGGGCUUGAACCAGGUCUCAUUCGAUGAAUCAACCAUGCCGGUACCUGUGUGUUCAUGCACUGGAAAGUUCCACCCAUGCUACAAGUGGGGAAAUGGUGGGUGGCAGUCCUCAUGCUGCACCACAACACUGUCCAUGUAUCCUCUACCGGUGAUGCCCAACAAGCGCCAUGCUCGUGUUGGAGGACGGAAGAUGAGUGGUGGUGCUUUCAUUAAGCUGCUCAGCCGGCUGGCGGCUGAGGGCCAUGAUCUGUCAACACCAGUGGACCUUAAAGACCACUGGGCUAAGCAUGGGACAAAUCGCUACAUCACUAUCAAGUGAUGUAGAAGCUCUGUAAGCUAUUUGCUAAGCUACCAGGGAGAAACAAGGGCCAGCCCUAAAUGACUUUUAGGGAUGCUUCCUUGUUAGGAGAGAUGAUUCUGCAGAAAUGUUGGAUUGUGUUCAGUGGAAGAUGAUGGGUAGUGUCCUGAAUGUGAUUGGAUGUUGCUUCUCCCAAAUGUGUACCUUUUGGAUGUCAAUAUAUUUUGUCUCUCUACACUGGAAUGGCAAGGCUUAGGAAUGGUAUCUGAUCCCUGAAAGACCGGCAGGUAUGCUCUAGUGUAGGGCCUAUGUAUGUAGGACUGAUCUUGGAAGAUGCUCAUUAGCAAAAUACUCUGCUCACUUGAUGAGGUUGUGUAGAUGGACUUGUAGAAAAGAUUCAUCUUUUAUCUUUCUCAA